AUGUGGUCUAACCGUGGUAACUUUCCUAUUCACAGGGUACCCGAUUAUAAACGAUCUGCAUGUGUCGAAACACCAUUCUUUCUUAAGCAGCAAUCCGAUAGCACCGAGCGUGAGCAUCUCUCAUUCGAUGUAGAUGACUUCAACUACAUUUCUUCCCUAGAUUAUACCCUUGUUCCCACCCUGUCGUGUGAGGACGCACAUGUGCUGCUGGCCUGGGUGCUCCAUCGUUGGUUACCAGAAAGGCAACACUUUCCGUCCGAGGCCGAGUUCACUCGUACCUUGGGGCAUACAUUACAGUGUCUAAUCGAAGAUGAAGAAACGAUUGCCGCCUUCACACAGGUUGAGUAUUUCUUUAUUGGGACCGACAAUGGGCACCUGUUUGCGGUUCCAUUGCUGCCCAUGCAUUUCUUGCGGGUGCUAGUCGAACGCCACGGAUCACAGUUUCCAGGCCUUGUUUCCGAGCUGAAGCCGGUCGCCUUAGAAAAGCAUAAACCUGAGCACAUUCCUGUGCAUUGCUGCGCAAAACGCCUGCUCCAUCGCCACGCUCGGGAGGAACUAAUCCGGAAUCUGGAUCACAAAGGCACGAUUGUGGCCUCCACCUCGACCGAUAAGGCCGUAGCCCUAAGCUUUUUUCAUCCCCUGCCAACUGCCCUUGUGUGUAUUCCACACCCCAAGGCAGUCCGUUGCCUGAAACUUUGGGAGGGAGGGGUGUUUGUGGACCGCAUGGAGCCAUCUAAUCAACCCACACGAAACGUCCUACGCUCGGACGAGGCGGCGACGUCGGUUUGGGAAACUUGGAGGCGGUCCUUGGGUGAGGAGGAGCGUGCGGCGAUCUACGUUUUCACUGGUGAUGAUGUCACCACCGUACGCUUGUGGCGAGUGGACGUCCUCCAAAAGCGGUACGCCUUGCUUCACGUGUUUGUCGCCAGUCCAAAUCGGACAGGUCUGCACUCAUCCUUGAGCAUGGUCAACCGCGAUGAUUCCAGCAAGCACAGCACAACGUGUGAAUCUGGAACACCGAUCUAUAGUUUGGCAUUAGAUAGCGAUUCCCGGUUGCUCGCCGGGACCGAUUCAGGCUUUUUUGCGUGGUCCAUUGAUAAGCUAAGCUGGAAACCACUCUGCGGUGCUGAGGACCACGCUGCGGAAGACGAUGCCGAACCCCAAAUCGCCUCAACACACCCGCUUUGUUGGUGUGAGUCGACCUGCACACCAUUUGUGCCGCUUCUUCCCUCGGAGCAGCAGCAUGCUAUUCAUUCCAUAACGGCGAACGCCAAAGACCAGGAUGCGGUAUCACUUGGGGCUUCUAAAGAUGACUACGCCAAAGUACGGCAGGUCGUACGCUCGCGUGCUUCUAGGUUGGCCAACCACCAUGUGUGGCUGUGUGAGGCGGAUUACCUAAAGCGACAUCUCUCUCCUCGUGACCCAAGCCAGCCUCCACAACCGAAGGGGCGACUGUCGAGCCUAAGCAAAAAGACCGAUUCGGUGGUUUGCCGUAAUGGGGUUCCAUUAAGCAAAUGGAAGCCCAAACACGCACUUAGAGUUGCCGGCGGUAAGGCGGUAGGGAUCGUGUGCAAUGAGGUCGCGCUCCCGGUUGAUUAUGAGACAAACACCGGUGUGGAGCCUCUAGGGUUCUUUCUGCAUAACUCCGUGGUCACAGUACGUUUCGAUGAAGGGGGGGAACUUGGCAAGGACCUGCGUGUGCCACUCUGCUGUGUGGAGCCCGUCGUGUACCCUCUCUGUUUUAUGAAGAUGGCUUGCAUCGGCUGCUUUGCACUGCUGAUUUUGCAAGAAGGCAAUCUGCUAGUAUCAAGUGGAUCAGAUGGCAAGUGCAUGGUUUGGGUGUGGAAGACGGAGAUGGAGACGUACAUUCCGAUGCUGAUCUCUGACAGCAAAGGCCCUCAGAGUCAUCUAGGUCGUCAUCUCUGUCGGCUGCACAAGCCCGAUGUUUUUAUGACGUGUGGUUAUGAUGACGGUCUUGUGAAGGAAUGGCACCUAUACGAUGAACCCGAACUGCUCUUGCGGUCUGAACGGCACUUCACGUUGGAAAAAGCCCCAGCAGUCGGAUGGGAGGGUGGCCCCUAUCACGAAAAGCAGAACUCACAGGAAACCAAUGAAAGGGAAAGCGGCUGGUGUCAGCGCCGCGAGAAGAUGGAUUUUUGCGAGGGCAUCGCGUGUGCUAUUUCGUUUGAACCUUUUGGGGCACUCUUUCUUGUCGGCAUCUUCGAAUCCACCAUUCGGUCCUUCAGUUUGAUAAAAGUCUUGAGCUGUGAGGCUCCGCAAGAUUACGUCUAUAAUGGUCACAAAACUGUAAAGGUCCCCAAUCUACUAAAUUGGAAUUCAUUCCAUUAA